AUGGGCAGGAAUUCGGGUCCAGUCUGUGGACAAGACCCUCGCUUUUGCGAACAGCCGGCGUCUAUUGAGCCGUACGAGUGGGCCGACGAUAUCACUAAGUGGCCGAUUUGUCGCAAAACGUCGACCAAAGCUGCUAUUUUUGAGCCACACAUGAGGUGCGAACUCAUAGCCCGUCCGUGUUGUCUGGGCAUCAAUGGCGAGUGUCACAUAACGACGCGAGAGUUUUGCGAUUUCAUUAAAGGCUUCUUUCACGAAGAGGCGACCCUUUGCUCACAAGUGUCGUGUAUGGGAGACGUGUGCGGAAUGAUUCCGUUCUACUCGGACGACAGUCCCGACCAAAUCUACCGGAUAUUCACUCCGAUCUUCCUUCACGCGGGUUUGGGUCAUAUCCUCAUUACAGCGCUCUUCCAGUUCNGUUUGGGUCAUAUCCUCAUUACAGCGCUCUUCCAGUUCUUCAUUAUGAAAGAGAUCGAGAAAAUGACGGGUUGGGCGCGAAUGGCCGCCAUUUACUUAGUCUCGGGUAUUACGGGGUAUUUAGCGAGCGCUGUGUUCCUACCAUUCCGUCCAGAGGUCGGGCCGGCUGGCAGUCUAUACGGAGUGAUGGCUUACUUUUUCGUUGAGUUGAAGUAUAUGUGGAACAUCUUGGAGAAUCCAUACCUGGUAUUAAUGAAACAGAUGGCGGUGGCAACUGUGCUCAUAAUGUUAGGAUUCCUGCCAUGGAUUGAUAACUACGCUCACGGUAAUAACGGGUUUUAUAAUCGGGCUCUUAUUGUCAUUCGCAUUGAUCCCGAGUACUAUCACCGCUGAGAACAGAACCCGAAAAAUAUUGAUAAAAACCGGUUGUUUUGCGAUCGUUGUGUUCAUUAUAAUCACAUUAUUAGUGCUGUUAU